GCCUUUGGCUCCACCUCUCAGAGCACAUGCCGGAAGCCCUGGAGCCAACUCCCGGCGACCCGCUGGUGACUUACGUCUUCGAUCUGCACCCCGGCAGGCCGCACAUGCUGACGCCGGAGGGCCGCUUCCGGGUCCCCGGGCAGUGGGCCUCCGAACUU